AUGUCUGUUCAUAUCAGGACGCUGAGUGUCUUUUAUUACCUGUUAUGUCUGCCUUUGACAUGGGCCAGCGCAUCUCAAGGCAUUGCUCUUCUUUCCACACAACGUAUAGACAUAGUAUUCGUUAUAUUGAGUGAAGACAGCAGUUACCACAGACAAACAGCCGAACGUCUCUCUGAUAACUUAAGACGCCAAUCUGAUGUUUUAAACAAGGCCCGUCCUACAGUGUAUUCCGUCGCCCAUGACUUUGUACAUAUUCCCGGUGCAUGGGCAAUUCUUCCUAUCCUCAGCAGCUUGGCCGCGAAACAUAAGAACCCAAGUACCUGGUUCUUCUUUUGUGAGGAUUCCACCGGCGUAGACCUCGGCAGGUUACACAAGCUUCUGCGACCCUACAAUUCUUCAGAAGAGCACUUUCUGGGCUACCAACUGCGGGAUGUGGAGCCGACCAUUAUACACCACUUUGACGAAUCUCGCUCCUUGGCGUACCCAGACAUGGCAGCAGGAUUUAUUAUCAGUUUGGCAACUAUAAAAAAGGCUUCCAAGGCUUGGAGUAAUGCAAGUGUCAACGACUUUGUUAUUGACCGUCAGUAUGAGUUUGCAAAGUUUUUACUAGAGGCCUGUAAUGGACCAUGUCUUCAACAUCCAAGUGAGAUGUGCUUGCUUGAAAAGCAAGGAAGUUGUGCCUCUUGGGCAAAGAUGCAAGCGCCAUCAUGUGACGGGAGAGAAAGACUGGACCAAGUUGUGUUUGCAGUUAAGACUUGCACGAAGUUUCAUGAGGAAAGAGUUUCAGUUGUGAAGCGAACUUGGCACCGAGAUGCAAGCACAGUGUUGUUCUUCAGCGACAGUCGAAAUGACAGCAUUCCAACGAUAGACCUGGGAAUAAGGAACACAGAAAAGGGCCACUGUACGAAAACAAUGAAAAUUCUAGAUUACAUCGCGAGCGAUGAAAAAUACAGCACAAAAAAAUGGCUCCUUUUAGCUGAUGAUGACACACUGCUCAGUGUUCCUCGACUGUUGAACUUUUUGAGCUGCUUCAGUUCAGAUGAGACGAUGGUAGUUGGGGAAAGAUAUGGUUUCGGUGUGCUGUCAGGUCAUGGCUACAAUUAUCCCACGGGGGGAUCGGGAAUCGUAUUCAGCAUGGCAGCAGUAAGGGCACUUGUAAAGGCUCAGUGUACCUGCCCUUCCAAUGACUCUCCAGAUGACAUGAUGCUGGGGAUUUGUCUACAGGAACUUGGCAUCCCUAUUGUGCAUUCUCCACUAUUUCACCAGGCCCGUCCCGUUGACUAUAGUGCGGAUCUUCUCGCGCACCAGCAACCUAUUUCGUUCCACAAAUACUGGAUGCUUGACCCAAUCGAAGCAUACGAACGCUGGCUGAAGGAUGUGGACGUUAAAGGGCACGUGCACGAUGAACAUUGAUUAACACUGCAUCGUGAGUUGCAUCAGUGUGCCAACUACGCUUUCCGAGUGGAUGCCAAAUGCAGCAUUUCAUCUAGCAGAGCGUCGUAGUUUUGGAGAUGAACAAGGGAAAAGCACACAUAUUCGCAUCGAGGCUUUGAGUUUCACGGUGACAUGAACAGGAACUACGAAACCUUGACGGGCAAGCGCAUGAUAAGAUGCGGGUGAUUGAGGGUUGUUUUGGGUUUUGGUAAAACGCAAUCGGCAAGUUUUGUCUCGAAUCUGUGGUUUGAUUGUUUGGCAGAACAGAAACUAGAAGUUACCGACACAUCAUGCCAUAGAACACACUUACUAAAAGCUUAGUUCUAUAAAUAAUUGGCAUUGAAUUUCAUUGAAAUAUUUUGCACAGUUACUCAGCCUCAUCAUUGGGGCACAGAUUUUUAGGCGUUUGCCUAUAAAUGCCUAAAUUUGCAUAAAUGCAACAUUUUUCUUGGUCUCGCUCCAUGAUUGUCUUUUCUUAACUUUUUUUAACCCUCUUUGUCCACCUCUUCGCGCUUGUAACGUGUGUUUAGACACGAAAACUAAGAACAAGGGUGCUACUUAUGCUCCUUUUUUUGUGUGUGUGCGACAUGCUCCAUGCUGCUUGUGCCGCAAGGCCCGAUUUUGGCCUCUGACGGCCACAGUUGAGCACAGUGGAAGCAUCGUGCAAGUGUGCCGUAUAUUAGUUUUCUGCGCAACGAAGUCGGCAUAUUUUCUUUCUUUUUGUUUUUAUUCACGACCGUUGGUUGCUUUCAUGCCAGUGUAUAUGGGAGGCAUUUUGGUCUUGUCCAGUACUUUGGUUAGCUAGAAGAUAUUUAGAUAGAAGGGAUCAAGAUACGCAGCUUUUCUUGGUGUUUGCAAACCUUCAGGGCCUGCCGGGGUACCCAGAACAUGAUUCAGUGUAGUGUACUUUUAGGACAACGAGCAGCUAAAAUAUCAGUGUAAAAGUGGCCUGGGAUUGGCCCCAUGCAUAGUAAUAUUCUUGUACGAGGAGUUGAAGCUUGUAUAGUAUCAUAGUAUUUAAACGAGCGCAAGGACCAUCAUCGCAUAUCGUGAAAAGCUGUAAAAGAAUGUCCGUAUAUAACUUCAGGAGAACAUGCCCACUUCUCUUUUUACUGCCUAUUUUCGUGACUUUUGGGGGCUUAGAUGCCCACAAAUUUGAGCCGCCUAAAAAUUCGGGCCCUAAUCAUCACAAAGCAUGUGACAGCAUUUGCGAUCCUAAAUGUUGGCUCUAUCCGUCCAUGUGUCCUUUGCGUUUAUCGCCGUGUCAGCAUUUGCUUAGCUGUACUUAGGGCGAUAAUGGCAGCAGAUAAUCUAGCAGGUGAUAGUGGUCAAAACUGCCCAGUAGCAUGACUAUUUCUUGAGUGUGUACUGAAAAAUCGCCACAGUAGCAGUCUUAGGAGUUAAAGCAUAUCUGCCUUGUCUGUGUAUAUUUACACGAGCGGCGUUCCCCGGAAUACUCCAGCAGAAGAUGCAAGAUACAUGAUAACUUUCUGCUUCCACGUGAGUACAAGUGCUCAAAGUCGCGUCUUUUCACACUCUCCCAGCUAUGAGGAAUAUUGUACGACUCAGCCACAAGAUAUUCCGUAGCAGACGACACGGCCGAAGGUGUCGUUUUCUAUGUGCACUGGAUGCUACUCGUCAUAUUCCAGUGUCAAGCAAAUGUUUAACAUAAGACGCGGCGGAACUUCUGGCCCACAAAUAGUUUUUCUUGCUUUUUCUGCCACUGGAAUACCCUGUGGGGAUGUCACUCAUGUUAAUACACAGUAUGUGUCAUUUUAACGUCCUAGCACAGUGACGUACGACAAUAUCUCGUGACAUUUGAGAGGACAGAAAUGUUGUGCAUUGCUUCGAAUAAUAUUAAAAGGAUUGUGUUUAAGGUUUUGAAUGCCUGGUACUGUAAGACGGGCUCUAUGAAAUGAAGGAAAUGCAGUGCUUUAAAAUUAGUUCAGUUAUUUCUUGAGCAGGAUUUCUAAAAUAAGACGUACAUAUCAGAUGACAUGCCCUCAGUGUGGCGCAGAACAUAAUUGGAGUGAGUUGUAAUGUCAUGCGAGACAGGUGUGUGCUGCGGAUUUGUAAGCACAUCCCAGUGCAAGCGUGAGAGGCAUAACCUUGGGCAAGAAGUUGCAUUUUUUACUGCAGGCUGCUAUUGUAACUACUGCUUUGUGAGCAACAAAGUUUUGUUAAUAAAUGAAAUGACCACUAGUUUUCUAGUGGAAUGAGCA